AACUAGAGGUGGUGCGCGGUGACCGAGUGUUUUAUUGGCAAUAUGACUUCCUCUCACACUUGCAGUGGCAAUUCAGUAAAUUUCAUCCUAAAGAAACCGAACGUUCAUUACAGAGGUGGCGCGCUUUCGAAUUCUAAUAUCACCACCACCACCACCACGUUGAGACAACCGCCAUUCACGGUGGUCGCACUUUCUCUUUCUCAAUCGAGAAGGUCCGCGGCGAUUCUCAUUUCAUCCUUGCCUUUCACCUUCGUUUUCCUCUCUCCACCACCGCCAGCGGACGCCAGAGAAAGACGCAAAAAGAAGAACAUUCCCAUUGAUGAUUAUCUCACUUCCCCUGAUGGAUUGAAAUACUAUGAUUUCCUUGAGGGGAAAGGUCCAAUAGCUGAAAAAGGUUCAACUGUUCAGGUUCAUUUUGAUUGUUUAUAUCGCGGAAUUACAGCUAUUUCAAGUCGAGCAUCUAAAAUCCUAGCUGGAAAUCGUGUUAUUGCUCAGCCAUAUGAAUUCAAGGUGGGAUCUCAACCAGGAAAGGAAAGGAAGCGUGAGUUUGUAGACAACCCAAAUGGUCUAUUCUCUGCACAAGCAUCGCCAAAACCUCCACCAGCUAUGUACUCAAUAGUUGAAGGAAUGAGAGUCGGUGGGAAGCGAACUGUGAUUGUUACUCCUGAAAAAGGAUAUGCACAAAAGGGAAUGAAUGAGAUUCCGCCUGGAGCUACAUUUGAGCUAAAUAUUGAACUUUUGCAAGUGGUAUCUUCCUGAAGACUGAGCUUGAGUUGAUUCUUAUGAAGAACUUGAUAAUUUAAAUUCAGAAUUUGUACCCUAUGAGGCUACGGCCUACGGCUAUUCUUUUCAUAUUGUCGACUAGGGAGUUAUUUUUUCUCUCACAAAAUGAUUGUGUUGUAUCAUAUACUUGUCUUCUUUCUUGUAACCAAAAAUACUUGUCUUUCUUCUCUCCUGGCUGCAAUUUGAUUGUGGCUGCAAUUUGAUAGUGAUCUCAGUAUAUAUAUUUGGAUCACUUUUUGUAUAUUAUGGAAUAUAGAAGCUAUAAUUUUAACUUAUAA